ACGACAGCCGUUCCCCGCCCUGCUCUGGGCCCAGGGCGCUGCGGUGUGAACUUGGGUCGGCUGGAGGAGUCAGAAAUGGGGAAUGUGCAGUCGGAGCCGUCCGCGGGCGGGGUCUCCCGAAAAGAGCAUGCCUUGAACAGCACCUCCGACUCACGACUGACGUCCCUAGUGAAGCCCGAGGUGACCCCCUCCUCCCCGGCCACGUGCCUGGCUCGAGGGCUGGGUGUCUGGUUCCCUGGCAGCUCUGCGCCCCCGGGACUCCUGGUAACCUCGGAGCCCCGGGCCUCACCCUCGCCCCUGCCCCUGACCUUAGAACUGCCCUCGCCAGUGUCGCCCCCUUCAGAGGAGGCGGCUGCGGUGGCCGCCGUCUCUACAACGCCCCCGCCCCCCGUGGGGUCCUUGCUGCCCGCGUCGCCGUCCAAGUGCCGAAAACCCUCGGGCACUGUGGUGCCCCGGAUCCGAGGCCUUCUGGAGGCGGCAGCCUCCGGUCCCUUAACAGCCAAAGCCUCCCUCGGGGGUGGCAGAGGCGGGGGAAUCUUCGCCACCUCGAGCGCUAUCUCCUACGCUCAGGUCCUGAAGCAGGGAUCCUUGGCGCCUGGAGCCCCUCACCCUCCGGGAGAGGCCCCUCGUGGGGCACAGGGAACCGAAGGCUGUGAAGGAGACGGUGAAGGGUGUUCUGGUGCCUCCUUGGCGCCCGAGUCCCAUACCCGCCCCCUGGUGCCUCCUCCCACAACACAGCUGCCGGCAGCCCAGCAGAUGCCGAUGGCAGUGGCCCGCCCGCCCACCGCGCACCCCGGCCCUGGCCCGGAGGAAUCACCUGUGGUUCCUGCCCCAGCACCCCUUUUACUCACCAGCUUGGCUGUAGAUCAGGCCCAGGCCCCGACUCCGGCCCCGGUGACAGCAGAGCCCACCCUAUCCUCAGCGGCAGCCCCAUCCCCAUCCCCACCCCUGGCUCCAUCACCAUCUCCAUCUCCAGCUCUGGCCACCACUGAGCCGUUGCCCCUUGUGCCGGCUCCCACCAAGACACGCAAACGCAGGAACAAGGGUUCCCGCUCAGCCCGAGGGGCGACUCGUGAAGACCACUCGCCUGGAGGUGGUCCUCGCCAAAAGACUACAGCUAUUGUGACUGACAACGGUGGCAGCGGGGCUGCUCCAGCCAGGGCAGCUAAUAUCAGUGCUGCGCGCCACUGGCCACCCUUCCAGGUGCUUAACUCUUGUCCCUGCAAGUGUUACUGCCGCCACCAGCCACACCAUCGCCGCUUGCCAAGCAACGUGUCUGCCUGGCUGGACACAACCACGAAUCACCUGAGCGAGCCACCCUGGGUCACCACCAUCAAGCUGGCUGGCUCCCUGGUAGCUGGGCUGGAGCACUAUGACUUGCAGGCCACCCAUUCAGACUGAGUGCAGUCAAUCCAACACCCCACCUUCCCCUCCAUGCCAAUAAAGUAUCCAAUGCAAA